AUUAUUCACUGCGAAGAAACCGGAAGCAUUUGUCUGUCAGCCCUAAUCGAUCAUAUUAUGGAUGCAAAUACAGGACUAUUCAAGAUGAAGAAAUUUGUGUCAGACGCUUCGACGGUUUUUAAUCGUGCAGUUCAGUUCACAGAGGAAAAGUUAGGAUCUGCAGAGAAAACAGAGCUUGAUGCACACUUUGAAAAUCUUCUCCAGAGGGCUGAUAAAACCAAAUUAUGGACAGAAAAAAUCUUAAAACAGACAGAGUGUGUGUUACAACCCAACCCAAAUAUACGAUUGGAAGAAUUUGUGUAUGAAAAAUUAGACAAAAAGAAGAGAGACCGAGUGAAUCACCAUGAAGUGUUAGGACAUGUCUUGGUGGAUGGGGGCAAUGACUUUGGUCCAGGCACAACUUAUGGUAAUGCCCUAGUAAAGACUGGUCAAGCCCAGCUUAGGAUAGGGAAUGCAGAGAGGGAAUUUAUACAAGCCACGGCUAACAAUUUCUUACAACCUCUUCACAAUUUUUUGGAAGGGGACAUGAAAACUAUUCAGAAAGAGAAGAAAAUUCUGGAGACAAAACGAUUAGACUUGGAUGCUUCCAAGAACAAACUCCGUAAAGCAAAAUCCUCAUCACAACCACAGUCCUCUCAGAAUUCCUCCCAGAAUGUGUUAAUGAUGGUUGAGGAAGAGAAUCCUGUCAGGUUUCACCUUGAUGAUGCUGUGGCUAGAGCGGAGGCGGAAUUGCGUGUGGCCCAGGCAGAGUUUGACAGACAAGCAGAGAUAACUCGAUUACUACUGGAAGGAGUCAGCAGUGCUCAUGCCCAUCACCUGCGCUGCUUAAAUGAUUUCAUCGAGGCCCAGUUAACGUACUAUGCUCAGUGCCAACAGUAUAUAUCUGACUUGCAGCACCAACUUGGAAGUUAUUCUCAGACUGUUGGUGUUGGGAACAGUUCCUCCAACUCCUCGGGGGCAGGUAUAUCCACCAGUAUCCCCUCUUCUGUCCCCCUGCAACCCUCUGCACCGCCCCAGAUCAAUGUCAUAGCAGCCACACCCAAUGUAGAGAAAAAACAGGCUCGCGUUUUGUAUGACUAUGAUGCUGCAGAUAGUUCUGAGCUUACCUUAUUAGCUGACGAACUCAUAACAGUUUACAGAACCCCAGGAAUGGACCCUGAUUGGUUGAUGGCCGAAAGAGGUCCCCAAAAGGGAAAAGUUCCUACGACAUAUCUGGAAGUAUUAGAAUGAUAAUGAACCCACAAAAUAUUAGCAUGACCAUAAGAUCUUCUUUUUAUGUGAGAUUUUAAUUGACUUUGAAUGUUGCAAUAUGUCGUUGUUGAAUUUUUGAUAUGUAGGCUCUACCUGUUUAUUUUAUGGAUAUCUGUUAUACCACAUAAAUAAUCUGCAGAAUAUUGUUAUAUAACUUAAUAUACACAAAACAUUCUAUUCCAAUCAUAUGGCAAAACAUUAAGUGACCACAUUGUAUAUUUCUAGUAUUUCUCACGCUGUAUGAAAUUUGAAGAAAAAAAAGUGAGUGAAUGGGUUUCGGUAAACAUUUCAUUACUCUACAUGUAUGUGUUAUACCCUGUUUUUAUCCAUUCAAUAUUCACAAAUCGAUUUUACGUAUUCAUUUAUGUGUACUGUCAUUAUAAAAAUGUAUGUUUUUAUUGAACAUUGGCAUGUAGUGUACAAUUUUUUGUUUGAAUUAUGUUCUUGAAAUUGCAAGUCUUGAUUGAAUUGAAAAGGAAUAGAUAAAGCUAGGUUUGUUCUCAGCAAACUUUCUUGUGAACGAAACUUCAUGCAAGAAUGAGUUUCGCAUAAAAUUGAACUUAAUUUUAGGUUAAAUUCAUAUGAUUUAAUAUUCAUAUAAGUUUGCAUUAAUUUCAUGUGAAAAGGUUUCAUAUGUUUGUUUGUAUUUAUUAUUUCAACAUUUAUUAAAAACAUUGAGAGGUUUUAAUGAUUUAGGCAUACAUGUAAGAAUAGUGUAUUUCUGUAAUAGAAAUUGUUCAUGAAGUACAUGUAUGUGUACCUGUAAUUUUUCUUUCAGAAUAUAAUUUAAGGUUUAAGAUAUACUUUACGGUUUGAGAAUUUUGAAGAGUUUUGUAUGCACAUGCUAAAUUAUCCUUCUCUUGCAAUAGGUAAUUUUUAUCCUCAAGAAAAUAUUUUCUUGGUAGUCGGUAGUGAAAUAAGGAAUUUUUCUCUAUAGUUAAACCAUUGGAGACAACAUGCAAUCCUUGGGACAGUUGUAAACUGCUAUUUUUGUGUUAACUCAAGGUCACUGUUAGAAUUAAAUAGCUUUUUUUUUUAUUUAGGUUAAAAGUGAAUAGCAGUAUUAUAUGUGUUGCUCUGUAAAUUGUUGAGUAUUAAUUUUGGUGGAUUUAAAUGAAGUGGAGCCAUUCUUGUGACAUGUUGGUAAUACUCUAGGGAUUUUUUUGAGUUGAAUAGACUUCAGUGUUGUAAAUGCUAUACUGUAUAUUUAUUUCAGAAUUCAUGUACUAGUAUUAUUAGAAGAGAAAUAUUCCUUUAUGCUUUAACGUCAGACGACAUGUUCUUCAGUAAUAUAUAAUUUUUUCUAAGAAUUUGUCCUUGAAGUAUUGCAACUUUAUAACAAGUUUCCUCACAAAAAAUUGAGGUACCUUUCCAGGCAUUUUGCAAAAUACCAGAUGAUGGUGAUUCUAUAUAAUCUUAUUGGGAAUCUCUUGAAUUGUCAGUAUCACAAUUUUUGCUGUAUUUAUUUUUAAAGGCGUUUUGAAAAUAGUUUAAAAAUCACACGAGAAUGAUAAUUAUGAAUAUUUUUCUAUAUAUUAUGAAGAGAUAAAAAACAUAUAUUCGAAGAAUGUGUCGUCUGACCUUAAACCCCAAAAGAAAGUAAAGAUUCUGACUGAUGAUUUUAUUAAAUAUAUUCCUCCUAAACACAAAUUGAUCUGGUAUAUGGGGCAUUUAUCACAGAUUCCAUGAAAUUCAUCCUUUGUCAAAGUUACAUGAACCAUUUUGUUGUUGUGAGAAAAUACCCAAUCUUGCACCAAAUUUGAUUAAAAUUGUUUUAUAAUUAUAGUCAUUAAACCAUGUACCAAUAUUCUAAAUACAAAAUCUGUAAUUUCUGGUUUCUCAUUUUUCAAGGAAGCUUUUCAGAAGAAUGAUAAUAUUUCACUACACAGUGGGUAAUCCUGCUAGGGUUUAGAUUCUCUUUGAUGGAUCUGUAUGUAGCUUUGGGUGAAAAGAAAAUCAGUACAACAUUGUUUUAAACCUGCAUAUGUUUGUUUCAUUUGAUGAAAACAUUCAUUUUAAAUAAAAAGUCAUUGAUAUAAAA